UUUGAGCAAAUUGCAAAAGAGGAGGAUGACCCAAACCUUAUUCCAACAAAGGAGAACAUGCAGAAGGCCUUGAGGUGGCUUGUGGCCGACUGCAAGUCAGGGGACUCCUUGGUGUUCUACUUCUCUGGACGUGGUUUACGACAACCUGAUUUUGAUAUGGAUGAGAACGAUGACUACGAUGAAACUAUCUGUCCUUCUGAUUUCAUGACUGCUGGAAUGAUCCUUGAUAAUGAUAUCAAUAAUACCAUUGUCAAGCCUCUCAAGGAAGGUGUCAAGCUUCAUGCCAUUAUCGAUGCCUGUCACAGCGGAACCAUCCUUGAUCUAGAGCAUGGUUACGACAGAAAACAGAAACUGUGGGUGGAUAACAAACUUACUUCAGGUGUAAGCAAAAGUAAAGAUGGUGGACUAGCUAUCUCUUUGAGUGCCUGUGCUGAUGAUCAAAUUGUUGCCGAUACAACUGCUUUCUCAAGAAACGAAAUGACUGGCGCCAUGACUUACAUUUUUGAUCAAAUAAUUAGGCAAAACCCUACAAUAACAUACAGUAAUCUACUCGAAAAGAUGCAUGAGCAAAUUAAGCAUGCUAAUAGUAAUAGUACAGGAUGCCUCCUAAGGAUAUUCUGCCACAAGUUAAUAUAGGAGACUCAGCUAUCAUCUUCAAUACCAUUUAAUCUUGAUAAAGAGAAAUUCAACUUGUAGGCAUAUGUACUGGUCAUCCUAGCAUUAUACCAUGUCAAAGAAUGUUAUCAAUAUGCAACCGGUGUCGUCUUGGGCCCAAUGUUAAUAUGGGAGCUAUUGUGGAGCGAAAACAAGGAUUUGUAUCCCAUAGACUAUAUAAAGAGAAGGGGAAGAAAAAAAAAAGUGUUAUUUACAUGCAGUUUGAGUAAAUGAGAGUCCUCAAUUUCAUAUUCCCCUAAUAAUAUGAUUAUUUGGUAAGAUAUUUAUACUUUGGUUUGAGCCUAAAGAGAAGAUUAAUUUUAUCAAAUUGCUAUUCUUGGCUUGUGAAAUAGAAUAUCUUGCAAAACAUUUGCAACCUUUUAUUGGCA